UUGGAAAAUGCUUUUGGCAUUCUUUUAGUUCGAUUUCGUGUGCGGACGUCGACUGACAGACGGCUCCAAGAAUUCAGCCGGGAAAUCGGGGAAAAUCAAGAAACAAAACUCGGGGAAAAUUGGCAACGCGUGUUUACAUUUUUAUUUCCUACGUGCUGAGACCAAAAUAAAAAUAUAAAAUAAAACUCAUUUAUAUGGUUGAAGACACUCAUUUAUUUAUAUUCAAAAUAUAUACUAUAUUUUCUUAUACAAAGCACACAGUUUUGUGUGUUUAAACCUCGUGCGGAUCGUUUCAAUUGCGCCGAGCAGAGAGCUAUAAAUAAGCCCGCCACUUGAAUUAUUUUCCAUAAAACCAUCAAAUACAACAAAUUCCAAUCACCAGCGAGAAAGGUGGCAAACCGAUUUUCCUCCCAUCAACAAUGCAGCAUUAUUUACUUUUGUUUGGCGCGCUCAUCUCGCUGCUGGCCUCAGCUUACGCCAUCAAGUGCUAUGCCUGCGAAUCCGUCUACGAGGCUAGUUGCGGCGACGACUUCGAAGUCGAGAACCAUUUCAAAUACGACUGCGCCUUCAUUGCUCCACCGCGAUUCCUGGAGAACGAUCUGCUCAGCGUGAAUGCCACGGCCUGUUUGAAACGGGUGUUCAAGGAAAACGGCGUGCGUAAGAUCGUCAGAGGCUGCUACUUUGGCGAGGUAAAUGCCACCGAUGUGUGGUGCAAAAUGGACCCCACCCUGUCGGCGGUGCAGAACUCAAGUUGUCAUGUGUGCGACAGCGAGAACUACUGCAACGGAUCGGAAAGGCAUCCAGCGGAUAAAUGGAAAAUCUUCGCCAGCCUGGUCUUGUUUCUCUUGGCAACUCAACUAAUGUGAGGCGACAGGAGACGAAGUGGAAAUGUGGAAAUGUGGAGCGUGAAAUGAACAUUAAAAGGCACAGUAGCUUAAGUAAACCUAGUUCAAUUUAGAUGUAUUCCCAAGGCCCAGAACUAUCAAUUAGUAGAGCACACUAUCCACAAAACCGUUUAGCCAAAUCUGCCCGCCCCACUGUAUUAAUGGCUAAUCAACGCCGAACAUGGCGUAUGAGCAACAUCAGCGCACCGAAAUGAGCCGAAAAGCUGGCAAACAAAUUUCGAACGAUCCAAAUACAAGCUAAUAAAAACUAAUUUUACACAGAA